CUUAGAGAGUCAGAUUCCGGUCUGUUGGGGUCUCGGCGAUGAACUUAUUCCGGACUUUACUGCUGAGGGUGUUUGGGCUUGUCAAGCAUCAUGUGGGUACUGAUCAGUUCGGGAACAAGUACUAUUACGUCCCCGAGCAGAAGACGUGGAUGGGACAGGCUGUUCGCUCAAGAAGAAUAAUAGAAGUUGUCAGUCCAAAAGAAAUUGAAUAUGAACAUGGAAACAUUCCCCUUGAAUGGGAAGCUUGGAUACGAGGAAGCAGAAAAGACCCACCUACCAUAGAGGAAAUUCUGAAGAAUGAAGAAUAUAGAAAAAUGAUUAAAUUACGUGCCUGUGAAAUUCAACGAGAUGACGAGAUAAGAAAAGAAAAAGAAUAUGAGGAAGGCCUCGUUGCUCGACCAGUUCAAACUCAAAUUAAAGGGCAUGCCUCUGCAAAUUACUUUGAAAGGGAUAAAAUAUCUUCAGAACCUAGUAGUACAGCAAAUGCUUUCCAGCCUGGAGGCUGGUUACCACCAGAAAACCCCAGCGAGAAAAAAUAGCUUUUAUUUGCCUUGUAAUUUAAAGGACAUUUUGUCAUAACUUUCUGAAUUGUAAAUAAAGAUCUGCAUGCAUGUACAGUAAUUAUUUUAUACAAGAAAUACUUCUAUUUUUAGUCUACAGGUUUUCAAAUGUCCUGAGUUAGUCACACCGUAUCUGUGGCUGGAUCCUGAUUUUUUUAAUCUGCUUUCUUCAGACUCCUUACUGCCAGUUUUCAGAAAUUAGGGCAGAGAUACACUGAAACAUGUCACUAUUUGUCGGCAGUUUUCCUUGUGCAGAAUGUUUGAAAAUCAUUGGUUUAGUUUGAGCUGUAAUGAGAUUAUGUGGACAGUUUCAAAGAUGCAUACAUUUAAGUUCCUCACAAAAGUGGCCAAUGAAGGGGAAUUAAAGCCCAGUAAAUAAAUACUCAGCAGAAAAAUACUCAUUUAAUAGAGGACAGUUUUUUACAUAAACCUGAUCACUGUUGCACUAAUUACCCAACUCCAAAACUUGAGUUAAUUGCCUGAUGUCAUACAGCACAGAAAUAGGCUCUUCAGCCCAACUCAUCAAUGCUGAACAAGGUGCCUUUCUGAGCUCGUCCCAUUUGCCUGCAUUUGGCCCAUAUCCCACUAAACUUUCCCAUUGCAAAUACCUGUCCAAAAAUCUUUUAAAUGUUGUUAUUGUAUGCGCCUAUACCACUUCCUCUGGCAGCUCAUUCCAUGUACCCAACACACUUUGUGGAAAAACCUGCCUCUCAGGUCUCCUUUAAAUCUUUCCCCUCUCACUUUAUACCAUGCCCUCAAGUUCUAGACUCCCCUAUCCUGGGAAAAAGGCUGUGACCAUCCACCUUACCUAUGCUCCUCAUAAUUUUAUAAAUGUCUAUAAGGUCACUCCAUAGCCUUCCUCACUCCAGGGAAAACAGUCCCAGCCUAUCCACUCUCUCCUUAUAACUCAAGCCUCCAGUCCCAGCAAUAUCAGUGUGAAUAUUUUUUGAACCCUUUCUAGCUUAAUUAUGUAGCUCCAAGGUUUGUCUUUACACCAUUGCUCCUGAGCAGUAUUUUCUAUAUUAUUAAUGCCGAUCUAAUAUACUGAUCUGA